AUGCCCCCCGAUAAACAGAAUGGGAAGCCAUUCACGCCCGCCCUCAGUUCCAACUUCCGCUCCACCAAGAGCCCCUUGACCCCAAAACUCGCCGGUGCAGGCCACAACUCCCACGCCACCGCGAAACGGACAGCCUUUGUACGGCAGCCUUCUCCGGGUAAGGAGGAUGUUCCGUCACUCGAUGGCAAUAUCACACCACGGUCUGCAGCUCGCAAGUCUCGUACAGAAUCGCCCUCGAAUACCCCGACUGCGACCAGGACUGCCGCCGCGCCUCGAAGUGUUGGACCAAAUGUGAAUGGAAGUGGGAAAUCCACUCCUUCGCAGCAAGGACUAGGGAUUCACAGCCCACUAGUGCAGGCGACUCCCACGCCAUUGGGCAAUGUUCACAACCCAACAAAUUCGCCCACACCGAUCUAUACUGUCCCCAGAAGAGUAUCCGGAGCACGAAGUACGGUCAAGGCCGAUGAGCAGGAUGAUGCAAAGUUUUUCCGUGCUGGAGAUGCGAAGUCAUACCACAUCUCUGCCCACGAAAAGCCACCCGCAGAAUCAAACGGCCACUUUUUCUACGUCGGCAGCCCACCAGAGACUCUCACGUCACCCAGACUACUCUCGAGCAAACCGCAUCACAGCCCAACGGGCAGCAAUGUUGACGAGAAAUUCUUCCAUGCCCGCGAAGCUCGACCGAACAUUCAGAGGUCGGGCGCUCGGUCGGAAGUUCAGCCCCGGAGUACACCAGCUUCCUCUGUAGCUGCUCGAUCGCCACAGCUCGGUAGCAAACCCGGGCGCCCAAUUACCCGCUCAAGGUCCCCGGCCAAAGGCCCCCAGCUCGCACGACCUACUUCGAAAGGCAACGAUGUCAGAGGCAAGCCUCUGGCUGUCGCAACGCCUCUGGACGAUAAACGUCGUGGAAGCCUAGGCAGUAAUGCAUCCAACGUAAAAGACCCGCAACUGAGCCACAGGAAGUCAAUGAGCGCCAACUCAGUGACCUCUACACCCACCAGAAAACUAAGCGCCCCUCGACCGAUCUCCAUUCCAACACUUGAAGAGCGCCUAGGUCUGGGAGCCGCGUCAACCGCGUUGGACUCAUUACUGAUACCGACUGCGUCCCCGGACUCGACCAGUCCACGCUCUGUCAGCCUUGGCUCAGGCCCAAGCGAUGUUGCAGCGCUUUCUGAUCCAAUGCUCAAUGCUCCUCAAUCCUCAGCCCCCGACCCUACAGGGGCUCUACCGCCAACAUCGCCUCCUCUUCCACCGUCGAACAACCCACCCGACCCCGCCGCUCAAGCCCGCCGCGAGCGUAAAGUGCUCGACUUGGAGAUUUCCAACUCCUCUCUACUUGCCAUCAACAAGACUCUCGAGCGUGAGCUGCGCAAGCAAAAUGUGGAACUCCGUCGUUUUCGGCGCCUGUCACGCUCUGGUCGCCUGAGUUUCGCACCUUCAGGCCGGAAUGUCAGCAAUAGUACCCUUGGCACUCUUCCUGAACUUGAUGAUGUCUCUGAACAUUCACUCUCCGAUAGUGAAGACGAAGAGCUUGACGAGGAGGAUCUGGAUGCAUUUUCAAACGAGUCAUCUUCUGGAGUUACCUCUCCGACUACACGAGCCCGGCAAAGAGCACGCGAUGAAAAGCGCCUUAUAAUGGAUCUCACAAAGCACCAGCAGAUGCUGCUUGAUUCGCAAAAGCUCAGUCAAAGCAUCAAACGCUGCUUAACUUGCACGGAUGAGUUGAUCCGUGAUGGCACGAAAGCUUUGGAGUAUCGUGUGAACAUAGGUGAUGUUCGAAUCGGCGGAAGGGUGCUUACCAAUGAUGAGACGGAGGUGAAUAACGAUGAAGGGGACGAGGCGCGAAAAGGGCUAUUGAGCCCUGGAGUCGAAAUCGGCGAUUGGCUGCAGGGCGGACUUUGGGUCAGUCAGAACCCGCUCAGCAGAGACAGCGCCAUACUGGAAGAUACCACUGGAUCACCGUCUCAGAAUCAGUCGCCAUCUCACGACACUGGACAGAGCCAAAGCAUGCCUGCUCUCGAUGAACUUGACCGGCUGCUUCAAGAGCAGGAUCCUGAGUCGUUGUGA